UGUCUGUAUGUAGCAAAUGCAGUUCUUGUCUGUCAACCGCCUCGCCCACACUUGCCCCUAGACCUUCGCCCUGCUCAUCUGUAUACAGCAAUAGCUGUCCGCGUAAGUGUACACCAAUUCCACGACGAGUGCACUUUGCCCAGCCAUUCGCUGGCAAUCGGCAGCCUAGUAACAUCGACUGCAAGUUAAAUAUGCUCACGAAUCUCAUGUACCAAACACUUUGCAAGCUUGAUAAGUUGCAGGAAAAACGGCCAAUGAAACGUCGCGUCAAAUCUUCUGCCAAGCUGCAGCCAGUAAAUAAAGUGUACAUAUUAAAAGCUCAGCCUGUGUCUGCGUCUGCUGCCACAGCAGCGACGUCUGCAGCACCCGGAGCUGCGGCGUCUGCAACACGCGGAGCUGCGGCAUCUGUAGCACCUGUAGCAUCAGGAGCCAUACCAACCACAUCCCCACGAGCUGGAGCUACUAACAGAAGACCGCGGAAUCCGCCAACGGAAAAGUCUAAGAAACGCACCAAGAGCUCCAAGAACAAAGUGGAUUGUAGAGAUUGUGGCACUACCAUGUGGUGUCCCAACUGCCGUGAUUGCAGUGGCGUUAAAAGCACAGAGAGCAUGCCAUUAAAUUCCAAUCGUCAGCCUAGUAGCAUGCCUACUGAAGAUAAGAAGAAACUUAACAAAGGCACAGACUCCAUGACUUCAAGUGAGGAAAGUACAGUUUCCAUAGAAGCUAAAGAAAAAAAUAAAAAAGAAAAGAGUAAGUUGGACAAGACCAGUGGCUCAAGGCCUGAAAAUCCCAGGGGAAGUAAUAUGAAAGAAAGGCCAAAAGAAAAUAAGCAAUCUGGCAAGAUGGACAAAACCAGUGCCUCAAUGCCUGAAACUCCUUCGGGAAGUGAUAUUUCUAUUGAAAAUAAAAUGAAUGGAAGGUCAAAAGAAAAUAAAAAGCCAUCUAGCAAUGCCUCUGACGCCAGGGUUCCUACUUCCACUACUCGUUCCACUUCCAAAGAACAACUUUUAGAAAGAAAUGUCUUUGUUAUGAGCAAUAGCACAGAGAAUAUAGCAUCAACUGACAAGAUGAAAUCAAAAUCAAAGGAAAAGAAAAAGUCGAGCAGAGCCAUGAGCCCAGCGUCCAAGUAUCAGGGUCGGAAGCAAAGAGGCUAGUGCAAUAUCCAGUGAAAUUAAAUUAAAACCAAAUUCAAUAGAAACGGUAAGGUAUAGUAAAGUCACCGAGGCCAUUUAUCAGUCGGACGG